GCGGACAUGGCCUCCAACGACUAUACCCAACAAGCAACCCAAAGCUAUGGGGCCUACCCCACCCAGCCUGGGCAGGGCUAUUCCCAGCAGAGCAAUCAGCCCUAUGGACAGCAGAGUUACAGUGGUUACGGUCAGUCAGCAGACACUUCGGGCUACGGCCAGAGCAGCUAUGGUUCUUCUUAUGGACAGACCCAGAACAGCUAUGGCACUCAGUCAACUCCCCAGGGAUAUGGCUCAACUGGUGGCUAUGGCAGUGGCCAGAGUUCUCAGUCAUCUUAUGGGCAACAGUCCUCUUAUCCUGGCUAUGGCCAGCAGCCAGCUCCUAGCAGCACCUCGGGAAGUUAUGGUAGUGGUUCUCAGAGCAGCGGCUACGGGCAGCCCCAGAGUGGGGGCUAUGGCCAACAGUCUGGCUAUAGUGGACAGCAGCAAGGCUAUGGACAGCAGCAAAGCUCCUAUAAUCCCCCUCAAGGCUAUGGACAGCAGAACCAGUACAACAGUAGCAGUGGAGGUGGUGGCGGAGGGGGUGGUGGAGGUAACUAUGGCCAAGAUCAGUCCUCCAUGAGUGGUGGCGGCGGCGGUUAUGGCAAUCAGGACCAGAGUGGUGGUGGCGGUGGCUACGGGGGAGGCCAGCAAGACCGUGGGGUCCGCGGCCGGGGCGGUGGCGGUGGUUACAACCGCAGCAGUGGUGGCUAUGAACCCUUAAAGAUAGAACUAUCAUAUCAUUCAGUAAUCAUACUAGCAGAUUGGAAUAUUGUAUAUCUUGCCAAAAAACAGGGCUAUUUUCAGGUCCGCAUUCCUCAGACCAUGAUGAGCAUUCAGCCUGUGUUUAUUCUCUUGUUUGUGGCAUGA